GUUAUGUACAAAAAUUUCUAAUAAAUCUUAAUUGUUUUGAGUUUUAUCUGGUUACCCCAACGGGUUUGGUGGCCCAAAUGUCAACUUUGGAAUUUUCGCAAGCUUCCAUAACCCGUGAAAGCUCCUCGUGGAAGAACGUCCACAAUUGUAAACAAUGCCCAUAUUUUACAACGUCGCUUUUACUUAUGAUGAACCACGUGAGGCGACACCGAUCUCCGGAAAAAUUUACCUGUUCGACGUCCAAAAUUGAAGUUUAUUACUGUAGAGACUGCCAUUUUCAAGCGGAAUUAAUGGUUGUGUUCAAACAACACUUUUUUGAAUAUCACGGCCCUAAGAAAGAAUCUACCGAUGCCCCAGUGGGUGGGGACUUCAGUAUACAAAAUUACGUUUGCGAAAAUUGCGACUUUCGAACAAAUUUCUCACUAAAGUGGCUUCAGCACACUUCCGAAUGCACAAGAAAGAACCAAAAUCUCCAAAGUGUGACGAAUCAACCAUUUGAGUGCGACAAGUGUCCAUUUAAAAGUGCACGCAAAGCAGGCUUAAAAAUCCACAUAAAUUGUAGCCACUUGGACGAACAGGACGCCGAAUGGCACAACUGUGAACAAUGUCGAUUUAAAACUAAAAUCAAAGGCAAUUUAAGAAGGCACGUAAACAGCUUCCACGUGAACGCAGAAGACGCUAAGUGGUACGAAUGCAAACAGUGUCCGUUCAAAACUAAACGGGCGUCGAGUUUAAAGAAUCACGUGAUUUUUCGGCAUCUGGAUGACCGAGAGGUCAAUUGGCACCGGUGCCAGGAGUGUUCGUUCAAAACCAAGGAUAAGCGAAGUUUAAGCAUACACGUGAUGUUGAAACAUGUCGACGAAGAAAAAAUUAAGUGGUACGAAUGUGACAAUUGCCCGUUCAAAACUAAGCUUCCGAAGAAUUUGAAGAUGCACGUGAUUCGAAUUCAUUCUAAAAACCGGUGUGGUAUGAGUGUAUGAACUGUUCGUAUAAAAGUAAACGAAAACACGAUUUAAAAGUGCAUGUAAAGGUCCAUUUGGAUGUGAAAUUGUAUCGCUGUGGAUGGUGUCCAUAUAAGACGAAACGCAGUGACACUUUCAAGCGGCAUAUGAAUAAGCGGCAUUUGGAUGCUACGGGUGUUAAAUAGGCAACCAAAUGAAAUUUUCGAUAAAAACCACACUGGAGAAACUCGAUUGUGAUCAACAAAAUUAUAUUGUAUAUAAUAAAAAUUCUUUUGCAAUUUUAUCUCCUCGUAGGAAAUUAAUUUUCGUUAUUGCCGUUUUUUUGU